AUUGAGGAGGUACUAGUAGUAGUACUAGUACUUUUUUGCAUAGUAGUGAAUCCAUGUCUCAAGAGGCUCACUUUUCCCUCCAAAAACUGAGUGACCAGCGCUCACGAACGAACCCUCAAGCUCCAGUGCGCGGUGCCGAGCCGUAGUUUUUCUUUCUACGCAGUGGACUAAGAAACUACGGAGAGAGCCUAGCCGCCCAAAUUUCGAGCCCAAAAAAAAAAACUUCUUCUCGUCGGCGUCAUGUCUUCCCAGCCCAUCACUGCUCCCAAUACUAAUACCUUUUCCCCUCGAAACUCUUCCUCUUACUCCCCCUCCUCCACGUCCGCCGGCGCCGCCGACGACGCCGCCGACGGCGAUUGUCCGACACCUAAAGCCAUGUCCGAAGAUGAACUCGACGCCACUCCCAAUUCUGCCGACUACUGUCGCUCCCCAUCUCCGGCGCCGUCUUCGCCGGCCACUAACAACAACAGCGACAACCACAAAGCAAUUAUUCCCUUUCCCUCUAAUCCUCCGCCCACGGCCGCGCGCACGCCUGUUUUUCCGUCUCGGGAGGACUGCUGGUCGGAGGCCGCGACUCACACGCUGAUCGAGGCUUGGGGGUCUCAUCACCUGGAAUUGAAUCGGGGAAAUCUCCGGCGGCAGCACUGGAUGGAGGUGGCCGACGCCGUUAACUCCCUCCACGCCAACACGAAGAAGCAGUACCGCACCGACAUACAGUGCAAGAACCGCAUCGACACCCUGAAGAAGAAGUACAAAUCCGAGAGGGCUAGGGUUUCACAAUCGCGCGGAAAGUACGUUCCGUCCUGGCCGUUCUUCAGCAGCCUUGACGCCCUCAUCGGUGACAACUUCAAGCCCUCUACUUCGCCGGCGACUGCUCCUCCUCAACAGAAGGCUUCCCUGAAGCUUCCUCCACCACCAUCUGCGAUCCCUGUCGGUCCUCGGUCCAAGCGUCCGGCACCCAAUGACGAAUUGGUUUCCCGGAGGAAUUUCUCAGCCAUGGCUGCGGCUGCAGCUGCUGCUGCAGCAGCAGAAGACUCAUAUGACAAUGAAGAGUCUGAGGCGUCGAUUCUGCCCCCAGCGCCCCCUGCCAUUUCAGGUCGGAUGAAGAAAAAGGGUCCAGGUGUGGAGUUAGAGGGGUUUAUGAGUUUGGCCGAAGCUAUUGGGAAGUUUGGGGAUAUAUACAAGAGAGUGGAAGAGACUAAACUUAGGCAGAUGGUGGAUCUUGAGAAGCAGAGAAUGCAGUUUGCCAAAGACUUGGAACUUCAGAGAAUGAAGCUCAUUAUGGAAUCACAAGUACAAUUGGAAAAACUCAAACGUGCUAAGCUCAAUUCACAUGCUGGUUAGUGAGUGUUCUUCGUUUGUUCAGGCUCUCCCUGGAGUUUCUGUUUCUUUGAUUCUCAUGUUAUUAUAUUAGAAUCUGAUUAGAGAAACAAGGUUAACAUCUAUGUUUUGUUUAAUGGAAUCUGCAAGUUGUAAUCAACUUUAUAGCUAAUUUCUUGAGCGUUUUUGUGUUUA